AGGAGGAGGAGGGGGAGGCUGUGUAUGUAGGGGUGCUUUGUAGCCUUUUUUUUUCUCCUCUUCUUCCUCCACUCUGCAUUCUGCCCUGCUAAGAAGGCAGCUGUUUUAUCAGCAGUCUGUGCGUUAGGCCGAGAUGGAAAUGGAUGCCCGCAUCAGAUGGGCUGGACGUGUUGUGUAUGAUCAUAUACCCCCCUCUGCAUCACAUCAUCUCUGUAUGCACUCCCUUGUGCCUCGCAAAUAGCAUCUUUAUUGAUGGGGAGGUGUUAGAAUCAAUGGUGGCGUUUGUGUGGGCCUUGUCUGUGUGUGUGUGUGUGUGUGUGUGUGUGUGUGUGUGUGUGUGUGUGUAUGUGUGUGUGUGUUAGUCCUAGAGAAAUGCAGCAGCUGCAGUGGCAACACUGGAACAAAAAAGAAGCAAUGCUAUUUUGGGUCUGUAGACCCGAGGCUGACGGAUGGAUCAGAGCUGUAUGUGCUGUGGAUGAGGGGGUGAUGGAUGGUUAAUAUGCUGAUGGAUGCUCUUUUGUUAUCUCUGCACUGCCUCACUUAUGGCCUUUCAAGGGAGGGUUUCACCAAGAAAUGGCUUUCAUUCCCAUUUCUGUCUUUCAGUGACCACACACACACAUACACACACACACACACACAGAUACACACGGAGCAGAGACGUGCCUCCAUCUCCUGCCGCUAACAUGGAUGUGUGUAGCAGCUUCAUGGCGGCUGUGGUGACAGGGAGAUAUACAACAUCUGGUCACCUGACUUCAUUGGGGAUCGGAGUGGGGGCGGGGGCCGGUUCCUCUGAAAGCUGAGCUAUUCUGCCUCGGAUCUCCCACAGCCACCGCCGCUGGAGGAAGGACAUUGUGAGUGCUACUAAAGAUGUCUGAUAGUGUUGAUAUUGAAGAGAAACCACCAGCCCCCCCCUUGAGAAUGAACAGUAGUUCCCGAGACUCUUCAUUGUUGAAUCACGCCUCUAAACCGCUUCCAAUGGCUCCUGAAGAGAAAAACAAGAAGGUCCGCCUGCGCUCCAUCUUCCCAGGGGGAGACAAGACGAACAAGAAGAAGGAGAAGGAACGUCCUGAGAUAUCCCUACCCUCAGACUUUGAACACACCAUUCAUGUUGGCUUUGAUGCUGUAACAGGAGAAUUCACGGGUAUCCCAGAGCAGUGGGCACGACUCCUACAAACCUCGAACAUCACCAAGCUGGAGCAGAAGAAGAACCCGCAGGCCGUGCUGGACGUCUUAAAGUUCUACGACUCCAAAGAGACCGUCAACAACCAGAAGUACAUGAGCUUCACCUCGGGAGACAAAUCAGCACAUGGGUACAUCGCAGCAAACACUCUGAACCGACUGCUGUCAUCUGGGCCUCCUGUCAGCCUUAGAACCUGCAGCGCAUUAUUUGACAAGGCUGCCAAAACAUCAUCGUCAGAGCCCCCGAUCGCUCCACCUGUGUCAGAAGAGGAGGACGAGGAAGAAGAAGAAGAGGAGGAGGAGGAGGAAGAGGAGGACGAUGACGACGAACUGCCGCCAGUCAUCGCGCCUCGGCCAGAGCACACCAAAUCUAUCUACACGCGCUCCGUCAUGGACCCACCAAAGCCUCCUACCCCUGUGAAAGAAGUGUUGACUCCUCCAGAAUCGCAGGUCCAGCCGGAAAACACGUCCAACACAAUGUACCGGCACACUGACCGCCAGAGGAAGAAGUCCAAAAUGACGGAUGAGGAGAUUCUGGAAAGACUCAGGAGUAUCGUGAGCGUGGGGGAUCCCAAAAAGAAGUACACGCGCUUCGAGAAAAUAGGACAAGGAGCGUCCGGCACUGUUUACACUGCCAUCGACAUAGCAACCGGCCAAGAGGUGGCCAUCAAGCAGAUGAACCUGCAGCAGCAGCCCAAGAAAGAGCUGAUCAUCAAUGAGAUCCUGGUGAUGAGGGAAAACAAAAACUCCAAUAUAGUGAACUACCUAGACAGUUAUUUAGUAGGAGAUGAGCUAUGGGUGGUGAUGGAGUACUUGGCCGGCGGCUCGUUGACAGAUGUAGUGACAGAGACCUGCAUGGACGAGGGCCAGAUUGCUGCGGUCUGCAGAGAGUGUCUCCAAGCCCUAGACUUCCUACACUCAAACCAGGUGAUCCAUAGAGAUAUAAAGAGUGACAACAUACUCUUGGGUAUGGACGGAUCUGUCAAGCUCACCGACUUUGGCUUCUGUGCCCAGAUCACUCCAGAGCAGAACAAGCGCAGCACGAUGGUGGGAACGCCCUACUGGAUGGCACCAGAGGUGGUGACCCGGAAGGCGUACGGCCCGAAAGUGGAUAUCUGGUCUCUGGGAAUCAUGGCGAUAGAGAUGGUGGAGGGAGAACCGCCCUAUCUGAAUGAGAAUCCACUCAGGGCGCUGUACCUGAUAGCUACCAACGGGACUCCAGAGCUGCAAAACCCAGAGAGGCUGUCAUCUGUGUUCAGAGACUUCCUCAACCGCUGUCUGGAGAUGGAUGUGGACCGCAGAGGCUCCGCCAAGGAACUACUCCAGCAUUCCUUCCUCAAGCUGGCGAAGCCUCUAUCCAGCCUGACGCCUCUGAUUGUAGCUGCGAAGGAAGCCAUAAAGAACAGCAGUCGCUAGGGUGUGCCCUAGGUGUCCCCACCCGAGGCUGGAGCCCUGCCUGUGAUGUGUGCGUUCAUGGGGGCAGGGGCUUGGGUGUAUGGGGUGGUGGGUGACGUGACGGCGACAGCACAAGGAGAGGGGGGGUUUGUGUGACUUACAGUGACAGCACAAGGACAAAAGACCCCCAGGCCUCAUAUGUAGGACGGACAUCUGGCCUUGCAGCCUCUCGGCCCAAUGCUGCUGAACAGACCUUUGCCUCCUCGUUUACUUCUCCAGCACUCUGUACAUGUAGAGCAGUCCAUCACAAGUGUGUGUGUGUGUGUGUGUGUGUGUGUGUGUGUGCGUGUGUGUGAGUGCGCGUGCCUGUGUGUGUACAAACUGUGCACAUCUCUUUGUGUCAUACGUCUUGUUUGGCAGCAGUCGCUAACCCAAACGGAGAAAAACAAAAGCGGAAGAGAAAACGUGCUCAUAUUCAAGAAGAAACCCGAGGAGGAGAAACUGACGAAAACUAAAGAGCCUGUGAAUCCUUCCCUGUCCAGACCUAUAGGGUUAGUCUUACCUCUCCUAGUCCCUCCGUGGAGCACAAUCAGGCCACACUUGCACCCGCAGUGACCAGCUGAUGUGAGAGAGUGACUCUGGGACCCAACCUUUGCCUGCAUGACUAUGGCUCUGUGGAGAAACACCGCUACUCCUCUGCAGAUUGUCACACCUCGAGGUGGCAUAUUUGUGUGCUUGUGUGUGUGUGUGUGAAUGUGUGAAUGUGUGCAGGGGUGCAGCUACAGGGGAAACAGUCGAGAAAGAUUUCAGAUGACCUAUGCCAGCUUUAAACAUCCCUCGAUAAUCCGCUUCAUAUCGUUGAAGAGAUACGGGUCUCAUGUGACGGGUGUCUCUGACGUUCAGGUUAGCUGCAGUUCAUUCGCUCAUUUUUCUCUCUAGAAUUGGCUAAAUAUUAUUAUCUUUAACAUCAUAAACAUCUGAUGUGUUGGAACACCGUCACACAGUUUGCCUGCGUUAAAGGUCAAAUUUAACAGCAUCUAAAAAUGAUAGUAACUUUACUUGUAAACUUGUAUAUUUUAGAUAUAAUGUAGGAAGGUGUAACGUAUUAAGUUAUUGGGGUUGAUACUUUUGUGAUGAUAAAUCAACAUUUGGUGCUGGAAACUAUUAGAAUGACUGAAAAAAGCUUCAUUGUGUGAUGUUCAAAUUCAACCGUCACUGUGAAUAAGCAUCUGAAACAGGAUCAUCCAGAGGUAUUCAGUACACGUGGCUUUCUGUUUUUUAUUUUCAUGUUGUAAAUGAAUCAGAAUUUGGUAAAUUCAAUAUCUAUUGUUUAGUUAAGGCCAAUCUCUUCUUUAUAUUAAGGUGCAGUAUGUAAGAACUUUGAGUGAACUAACAUUAUCAACAGAGUGUGAAGAAACAACAACUGUCUGGAUGUUGUUUUGCAGAGAUAUCUACUGACGUUAGCGUGCUAAGCAGCUAGCCCCAGCCUCAUGCCGCCUCUUAAAUGUUUGGAGAAUUAAUUCAAGAGGUGGCCAAUUUCUUACAUAUUGCACCUUUAAGUAUGAAAUAGAAGGAAAAACAAGCUGAUUCAGAGACUCAACAGAAAUGUAACUUUCUACCCAUAGUGAGCUGGAGGUCUCCUGCUGCACACUAUUAGAAAUUCACACAGCACCCCCGAGUAUCCCUGUGACCUUAAAUGUUAAGCAGGAAAGAUGCACAAAAAAACAAACAAACAAAAAAAAAACAAUCGUGCAAAUGUAAAAUAUCCAGAAUUCACUGUGGUGACUUGACAUCAUUUCCCCAACAAACGGAGAGACAUCUGAACUUUAAAGUCUGAAGAGAAAUGUAUAAUGCAGACUAAAGAAGUUUUGUGUUGCUGAGCACAUUAUGUGGCUGUGACGAUAUGAAUCUGGAUGAGAUGGCAACCCAAAAAACCUUCCUGUUAGGACUGAAUAUAAAACAUGCACGUCCACCACAACGCCGGGCAACCGACCGUCCUCCUCGCCCACCUGCACCCCUCCUGCUUCAUGCUUCAGUGUCCUUUUUGUCUUUUAAACCGUGUCUUAUGUGAGGUUUGUUUUUUUUUCCCCCAUACAUCUUGUCGUGGUGUCUUUGAAACGUGUGGCAGAUUCAAAGAGGGGGAAUGUUAUCCACAGAGCGAAGCGCUGAGUGCCAUUUUUUUUUAUGAUUGUACCUGGAAACAGAAUCCGCAGUAAGAGGGUUCACUUUGUUCGCUGACAUUCCCUCCAUACUCGCCUGGUUGGCGUUUGAACUCCUGUACAGAAGUGUCAGUGCUUGGUAGCUUCGUCUGGCAAUUUCCCGUGUAGCAUCCCUCCGCGUGCGAGCGUGUGUGUCUGCGUGUGUGUGUGUGUGUGUGUGUUAGGGGGCUACCUCAAUCUGCACUAGAAGAUGCCUCACUCGUGUUGUCCACCUUGACUCUGAGGUGCAGGGUAGCUGCUUAGUCAUAUUGUACCUCCAUUGUACAGCAAAUUUACAGAAGAUGAAGGAGUGACGCUAGACCGGAGGACGCAACAGAAUUCAUGCAUGUAAAACAAACUAUACACUGUAUUUCAUCUUCAAAUAGGUUAAGAUUGUUAGGAUAUGUAUGUAUGUAUGUAAAUAUGGUGGGACAACCACCCACCCCGCCCCCUUUUUUUUUUCAGAAUUAUGUAACUUAAAAUGACAAUAUUCAGGUUGCUCUAUGUAUCAAUAAAUGUUUUGCACCCUGGGGAAUCAAAAAAAAAAAAAAAAAGAGAGAGAGAGAGAGAAAAAGCAAACACACACACGCGCCGUCUCCACACUCCUGGAUCCAGCUCUGCUGCUUUGGGGGGCUUUGUCGGACACUCCUUCAUCUGGACAGAGAGCCGGUUUUGGAUGCAGCACUCUGUGUGCGGGCCCACACAGUCUGUCCCGAGUACCACUGCUGAGUGUUAGUACAUGUAUGUGUGCGUGCGGUAGGUGUGGGUGGCCUUGUCAGGAAGCUCCGCCGGCCUCCCCUCUGGACGUUUGGCCUCUGUCUCAUGUACAGGUCGGAACUAUGAGCACAAAAAAGGUGAAUUUCUGUUCGGGACAAGAGACGCCGCUGACGUGCCCCUUUUCUGUGGUUGCUCCUGUACAUUCCUAUCUUCUGAAUGUGUAAACCUGUACACGUGGUGUGAAAAUUCCUCUAUUAAUGUGUAUCAAGAGAAUGGAACAAAGACAAAAAAUGUUACUUUUUAAAUUAUUAUUAUCAUUAUUAUUAUUAUUAUUACUCUUAUUAUUGUCUAGCUUUGUAAAAACUGCUGAUCCAUCUGGCAUACCUCAGCAGGCCUUUCCCUAUCUUUGAAAAAGGACAAACGAGCGACGGGGAAAUGAGGUUUUGGAUAAACUAUUUUUAAUUGUGGUUGAAGCAAUAGACUUUUUGAACUUUGAAUUGUGCAUGGCUGUGUCUUGAGUGUAAAAAAAAUCAAAAUAUUGCAGUUUGGGAACUGGACUGAAAUAAAAAGAGGAAGAAAACCAAAAAAGUU